AUGUCCGAGGAGCUGGCCCCCGGCCCCCAGGAGAGCCCGCCGGCGCCGCGGGCAGGCCCCCGCGAGGUGUGGAAGAAGGGCGGCCGCCUGCUGUCGGUGCUGCUGGCCGUGAACGUGCUGCUUCUCGCCUGCACGCUCAUCAGCGGCGGCGCCUUCAACAAGGUGGCGGUGUAUGACACCGACGUGUUCGCGCUGCUCACCACCAUGAUGCUGCUCUCCGCCCUCUGGAUCCUCUUCUACCUCCUUCGCACCGUGCGCUGCCCCGACGCUGUCCCCUAUCGGGAUGCGCACGCUGGCCCCAUCUGGCUCCGAGGCGGGCUGGUGCUGUUUGGGAUCUGCAGUCUGGUCAUGGAUAUCUUCAAGACUGGCUACUACUCCAGUUUCUUUGAGUGCCAGUCGGCCAUCAAGAUUCUGCACCCUCUCACCCAGGCUGUGUUUGUCAUCAUCCAGACUUACUUUCUCUGGGUCUCUGCUAAAGACUGUAUUCAUGUUCACCUGGAUCUGACCCGGUGCGGUCUCAUGUUCACACUCACCACCAACCUGGCCAUCUGGAUGGCAGCCGUGGUGGACGAAUCUGUGCACCAGGCCUACUCCCACAGCAACGCCAGCCACUCGCGCCUUGCUCCUGACCCGGGUCGCAUGGGCAGCCAGAUCGGAGGAGACUGCUCCUGCAACACGGCCAUCUGCCAGAUCUUCCAGCAGGGCUACUUCUACCUGUACCCCUUCAACAUCGAAUACAGCCUCUUUGCCUCCACCAUGCUCUACGUCAUGUGGAAGAACGUGGGCAGGCUGCUGGCCUCCUCCGCCCACGGCCACAGCCACGCCCCAGCCCGGGUGAGCCUCUUCAGGGAGACAUUCUUUGCUGGGCCAGUCCUGGGCCUGAUGCUGCUCGUGGUGGGGCUGGCCGUCUUCAUCAUCUAUGAGGUCCAAGUGAGCGGGGAGGGGGGCCACACCCGGCAGGCCCUGGUCAUCUACUACAGCUUCAACAUCGUCUGCCUGGGGCUCAUGACCUUGGUCAGCCUGGGUGGCUCAGUCAUCUACCGAUUUGACCGCCGGGCCAUGGACCAUCAUAAGAACCCCACACGCACCCUGGACGUGGCCCUACUGAUGGGUGCUGCCCUAGGCCAGUAUGCCAUCUCUUAUUACUCUAUCGUAGCCGUGGUGGUGGGCAUGCCCAAGGACGUACUGGGGGGGCUCAACCUAGCCCAUGCCCUGCUCAUGAUUGCCCAGCACACCUUCCAGAAUGUGUUCAUCAUUGAGAGCCUCCACCGAGGCCCACCCGGGGCUGAGCCGCACGGUACCCCUCCCAAGGAACCCUGCCUUACCUUUGCCAACCUGGAUGCCCUCCACACCUUGCCAACCUGCCCACCUAGCCCCAGGUUGGAUGGUCCCAGCCUGGCAGGCCCUCAGGAAACCAUAGCCAUCAUCUUGGCCCCCAAGGGCCACUGGAGACGCCGGUGCCUGAAGGACAUUUCUCUGUUUCUCCUGCUCUGCAACAUCAUCCUGUGGAUUAUGCCUGCCUUCGGGGCCCGCCCGCACUUCAGCAACAAGGUGGAGGUGGACUUCUACGGCUACUCCCUCUGGGCAGCCAUCGUCAACAUCUGCCUGCCUUUUGGCAUCUUCUACCGCAUGCAUGCUGUCUCCAGCCUGCUGGAGGUCUACGUGCUGUCCUGA